AUGCAUGAAGGAGCUCCAGGUGGUCGCGGCGGUUUCGGCGGUGGUUUCGGUGGUAGAGGCGGAGGCGGAGGACGAGGGGGUGCUCGCGGCGGAGGUGCUCCACGAGGCGGGCGAGGUGGUGGACGAGGCGGCGGACGGGGCGGUGUUUUCAAGCGCGGAGGACCUCCGGGACGUGGUGGUGGUGGGCGAGGCGGUAUGUCCAGUCGCGGUCGUGGCGGCGGCAGGGGCGGCGCGAGGGGCGGUGCGAAUGUCGUCCUGGAGCCUCACAGGCAUGCUGGUGUCUUCAUUGCGAAGGGGAAGGAGCAAAUGCUCGUCACCAAGAACCUCGUGCCAGGCGAGGCAGUCUACGGCGAGAAGCGGAUAUCCAUCGACGGGGGUAUUGACGGGACGAAGGUGGAAUACCGUGUGUGGAACCCUUUCCGUAGCAAGCUCGCGGCGGGUGUUUUGAACGGUCUUGACGACAUCUACAUCGCACCUGGGAAGAAGGUGCUCUACCUUGGUGCCGCAAGCGGCACAAGUGUCAGUCAUGUAGCGGACAUUGUUGGUCCUGAGGGCACGGUGUACGCUGUCGAGUUCUCGCUGCGUUCAGGGCGUGAUCUCAUAAAUAUGGCGAAGAAGCGGACAAAUGUUACUCCAAUCGUCGAGGAUGCGCGGACACCACAAAAAUAUCGCAUUCUUGUGGACAUGGUCGACGUCAUUUUCGCAGAUGUCGCACAGCCCGACCAAGCUCGAAUUGUCGCGUACAACGCAGAGCACUUCCUGAAGAACGGCGGCCAUGUAGUCAUCUCCAUCAAGGCCAGUUGUAUCGACUCAACCGCCCCUGCGGAAGCUGUAUUCGCUCGCGAGGUUGAGCAGCUCAAAAACAGCAAGUUGAAGCCUCUUGAGCAGGUCACUUUGGAGCCUUACGAGCGUGACCACGCGAUGGUGACUGCUGUGUACCAACGCUUCAAGUAG